CCGCUGGAUCGAACAGUCCGGGUGACUUUUAUUCCGUUGGUUUGGUGAGGCCAUGUGGGUCCCGCUACCCUCCAGCCACUAACGCCGUCAGGCGCCGCUAUUUUCCGUGAUGCCAAACACUCCUUUUCGCCGUCACCUCAAAUCCUCCGUCAACGGUCCUAAAUAGUCCCAAGUCGACGGUUGCUCUCUCUUUCUCUGUUCGACAUGUCCGUGGUACCUACCCACCCUGCUCUCAGGCACCUGGGAACCAGGGCCUCACGUGACCCGUCACGUGACCCUCCAACUUCACCCAAACUGAAAAUUUCAAUCUUGAGCUUCAGGCUCAGAGGGCUAACUCGCUACCCGCCUUCUUCAAAUACUCUGGUCUUUUCCCGUAAAUUUGAUGAAAUUCGGCGUCCAAUUAGGGCCGUAAAUGCUCUGAGCCAAGAAGGGUCGUUGCAAGAGCUCGAUGAUACGCCGGUCUCGGUGGAGCUCGUGCCGAUUUCCGGCGAGACCCAGUUCGACCGGGUCAUGGCCCAAGCGCAGCAGCUGGAGGAAUCGGUCGUUGUCGUUUGGAUGGCAAGCUGGUGCAGAAAAUGUAUAUAUUUGAAACCAAAAUUGGAGAAGCUGGCAGCUGAGUACUAUCCAAGAUUGCGGUUCUAUUCUGUUGAUGUCAAUUCAGUUCCACACAAGCUUGUUGCUCGUGCUGAGGUCACUAAGAUGCCAACUAUACAGCUGUGGAAAGAUGGCAAGAAACAAGCUGAGGUGAUCGGUGGUCACAAGGCAUAUUUAGUCGUUAAUGAAGUUCGUGAGAUGAUUGAAAAUGAGGAUGACAGCUUUUGCUUGGAUAGUCUCCUUUUACGUCAGCACUACGAAACACAAUGCUCACGUUAUAUUUGAUCUGGAGGAAAUUUGUCACCUUCUUUCAGCAUCGAGUUCUAAAUCAACCAACAAGAAAAUCGCAGGGGACUGCUAUUUUGACAGAAGAUGAUCUGCAGACUUACUAGAUUCUUACUUGAAAAACUAGUGCCACACACUUUUUCGUAUUUUAAGAGUAUAGAACAUAAAACAUAAGUUGAGAGCAGAAACCCAUAUAUUUUUUCUUGGCCA